UCUGGGUCAUGGGGCCAAAGACAACCCCACAGCUCCCUGGGAAAUGGCAAGUGCUGUGCAUGUUGUCCUUGUGCUGCUGGGGCUGGGCGUCUGGGCAGCUGCGUUAUUCAGUGGUGGAGGAGUCUGAGCCGGGGACGCUGGUGGGGAAUGUUGCUCAAGAUCUAGGCUUAAAGGUGACAGAUCUGUCCAGCCGCCGACUGCGGUUGGGCUCUGAGGAGAAUGGGCGCUAUUUUUCCCUGAGCUUGGUGAGUGGUGCUUUGGCAGUGAAUCAAAAGAUUGACCGCGAGAGUCUGUGUGGAGCCAGCACCAGCUGCCUGCUGCCAGUGCAGGUGGUGACUGAACACCCUCUGGAACUAAACCGCAUAGAGGUAGAGAUCCUGGAUCUCAAUGACAACUCUCCUAGCUUCGCCACCCCUAAGCGAGAGGUGCGCAUCUCAGAAUCAGCAGCACCCGGGGCUCGAUUCCCACUGGAUAGUGCCCAGGAUCCAGAUGUGGGCACCAAUACCGUGAGCUUCUACACGCUAAGCCCCAAUGACCACUUCUCUCUGCAUGUGAAGACGCUAAAAGAUGGGAAGUUGUUCCCUGAACUAGUACUAGAGCAGCAGCUGGACCGUGAAACCCAGGCAAGGCAUGAGCUGGUGCUCACUGCUGUGGAUGGGGGCACCCCAGCCCGCUCAGGGACCACCCUUAUCUCUGUCAUAGUGCUGGAUGUCAACGAUAAUGCGCCAACCUUCCAGCCGUCAGUUCUGCGUGUGGGACUCCCAGAGAAUGCACCAAUAGGUACACUACUGCUCUGCCUCAAUGCCACCGAUCCAGAUGAGGGUACCAAUGGCCAACUAGACUACUCUUUUGGGGAUCACACGUCAGAGGCGGUGCAGAAUCUCUUUGGCCUGGACCCUAACAGUGGAGCAAUCCAUGUGUCAGGGCCCAUAGACUUUGAGGACUCAAGUUUCUAUGAAAUUCAUGCAAGAGCUCGUGACCAGGGGCAGCCAGCCAUGGAAGGUCACUGUGUGAUUCAAGUGGAUGUGGUGGAUGCCAAUGACAAUGCCCCAGAGGUGCUCCUGGCCUCCUUGGUCAACCCUGUCCUGGAGAGCACAUCAGUGGGCACAGUCGUGGGGUUGUUUAACGUGAGGGACCGAGACUCGGGUAGAAAUGGUGAAGUGAGCCUUGAUAUUUCUCCAGACCUGCCAUUUCAGAUUAAGCCUUCUGAGAACCACUACUCACUGCUAACCAGCCAACCCUUGGACCGAGAGGCUACAUCACACUACAUCAUCGAGCUGCGGGCCAGUGAUGCUGGCUCACCUCCCCUGCACACACACCUUACCCUCAGACUCAACAUUUCAGACGUUAACGACAAUGCACCGCGCUUCACCCAGCAGCUCUACACUGCCUACAUCCCAGAAAACCGGCCUCCAGGCUCCCUCCUCUGCACAGUGGCUGCCUUGGACCCAGAUGCAGGAGAUAAUGCCCGCCUCACCUAUUUCAUCAUAGGGAGUCAGGUUCAGGGACCCCCUGCCUCCUCCUUUGUGUAUGUCAACCCUGAGGAUGGGCGGGUCUUUGCGCAGCAUACCUUUGACUAUGAACUGCUGCAGAUGCUGCAGAUUGUGGUGGGGGUGCGAGACUCUGGCUCUCCCCAACUGCAGGCCAAUGCAUCCCUGCAUGUGUUUGUUCUGGACCAGAAUGAUAACGCCCCGGCUGUGCUGCACCCCCGUCCUGGUUGGGAACUCUCAGUCCCCCAGCGGCUCCCUCGCUCUGCCCCUCCUGGCUCCUUGGUCACCAAGGUGACCGCUGUGGAUGCUGAUGCGGGCCACAAUGCAUGGCUCUCCUAUUCCCUGUUGCCACAGUCCACAGCCCCAGGACUGUUCUUCGUGUCUGCGCACACAGGGGAGGUGCGCACUGCCCGGGCCUUACUGGAGGAUGACUCCGACACCCAGCAAGUGGUGGUCCUAGUGAGGGACAAUGGUGACCCUUCACUGUCCUCGACCGCCACGGUGCUGCUGGCUUUGAAGGAUGAGGACCCCGAAGAAAUGCCCCAAUCCAGCGACUUCCUCACUAACCCGCCCGAGCUUUCAGAUCUUACCCUUUACCUCAUUGUGGCCCUAGCGACCAUCAGUCUCUUGUCUUUAGUUACCUUCACCUUUCUGUCUGCCAAGUGCCUCUGCGGGCACGCCGAUGGGGACGGGGAUGCGGGGCAGUGCUGCGGGCGCCACGACUCGCCCUCCCGGGACUUUUACAAGCAGUCCAGCCCCAACCUGCAGGUGAGCUCAGACGGCACGCUCAAGUACAUGGAGGUGACCCUGCGGCCCACAGACUCGCAGAGCCAUUGCUACAGGACGUGCUUUUCGCCCGCCUCGGACGGCAGUGACUUCACCUUUCUCAGGCCCCUCAGCGUCCAGCAGCCCUCCACUCUGGCGCUGGAGCCUGCCGCCGUCCGGUCCCGCUCUAACACGCUGCUGGAGCGGAGCCAGCAAGCUCCUCCCAACACGGACUGGCGUUUCUCGCAGGCCCAGAGACCCGGCACCAGCGGUGUCUCUGCAGAAGCUGCUGAUGGGAGCUCCACCCUGGGAGGGGGUGCCGGCACCAUGGGCUUGAGCGCCCGAUACGGACCCCAGUUCACUCUGCAGCACGUGCCCGACUACCGCCAGAACGUCUACAUCCCGGGCAGCAAUGCCACCCUGACCAACGCAGCUGGCAAGCGGGAUGGCAAGACCCCCGCGGGUGGCAACGGCAACAAGAAGAAGUCGGGCAAGAAGGAGAAGAAAUGAGGUGGAGGCCAGACCUGGAGCUACAGGCAGCCUCUCUCCCCAGUCCAGCCUCUCCCUACCUGUACCCAGGCCUCAGAAUUUCAGGGCUACCCCCAUGAUGCUGGUAGGGGCCAAGGCUAUGCUCCCUUUGGGAAACAGAAAUAAGUGCCCAGUCAAAUAAGUGCCCCCAGUGGGUUAAAUAUGCAAAGGGAGUUCUGCUGAGAACCCCCAUCCAAUCAAUCGCUGUGCCCCAUGGGGAUGGUGGGGUUAGUGUAGAAACCAAUAAUCAUUGAUCACACCCCUCUAGUUCCACCUAAACUUCUCCAUGUUCCAAAUUCAAUCAGGCCUUCUAUCCCCUGCUUCCCUCCUCCCUAGCCCACUCCACCCACUUCUUCAACAACCCUUCUCUCUUGAGUAAGAGGGAGGAUGGGGUGUUGAGGUACCAGGUGACCUGGAAAAGGCUCACGAUUCUGGAGAGGUGGAAGGACAUGGUGACCUCUUGGCUUCUCCUCCAACUCUCACCUUUCUCCCAAAGCAUGUUCUGGGUCCUGUCCCUUCACCAACUUGCAGAGCCUGAGCUCAAGCUCAAGUUUGGGGGAACAUGGUCACCGUCCCCAUGGUACUGUGCUGGAUUUAGGGAGGGCAUUGCAUUACUAAGCCUCUUCCCAACACCCUGGGGAUCAGUCUUUUGUUAGGUUUUUCAUUGUUUGGUGUUCCCACUGCAUGCUGUGACUUCCCCACCCCCACCCCAGACCCAAACAAGAGGAUCUGUUGCAUGUUCCAAGACAGUGUGGGGUGAUGUGAAAAAGAAGGACAGGGUAUGUAUGUGGAUGAGGUGGGACUGGGGGGAGGAAUGGACAAAGCUUGACCCAUCAGUUAACAGGGUCCUACAAGAGACUCUAUGCCCCCAGGACACUGACCAGGUCCCCACAUUCCAACAUAAGCCAAGCACUAUGCUGGACCCGCACUCCCACAAAUAGGGUUAAUCCCAGGCAGCAAAAGUUGGGCUGAGCUACCAGGUCCAAUGGACUUCAACUGUCAGCCGACCAGGGAAGCCCUAAGCAAGUGUGGGACCAGGUCUCCUGGAGAGGCCAGAGGGGCCUCUGUGGGUGCUGGGUACUCCAGAGGUGCCACUGGUGGAAGGGUCCAGUGGUGCCCCAGUAGGGAGUGGGGGUCGGGCCAUUUUUGAUCCCCGGAUUGGGGAAGCAAAGAGCAAGCAUUGGGACUUCUCCACAGUGUCCCUGCGCUCCCCAAGGCCCUUCACCUGACCAGGUGCCAUCUCUUCUCUGUGAAGGCCACUGUCCGGUCCCCAGUCCACCCUGCCCUCCCCCCAGUGGCCAGAGCCUGGUUAAAGUCCCCCAGUGCCUCCUUGUGUAUAGACCUUCCUCUGCCACCCCCCUUUUCUGCUCCCCAGGUCCCGUCCAUCCAGCGGGGCUGAGAGAGAACCCCACCCUAGCCCAUAGAGUAGUGUAGAGCCCCCUUCCUUUUCAGGCUGGUGUAGAAUAGCCAAUAGUGUAGUACAGUGUGCUUAUAACGUGAUGGCGAGUGGGCAGAAGGCGGCGGGCUCUGCGCAACCGCCUGUCCUUGAACCUGCCCGCGGCUCGUGCUGUGUUUUGUGCUGUGUCCACGCGCUGCUGCGGCGACCCUCCCCUGUACUGACUCCUAUAAACGCUUCUCUUCGUAUAGCUACGUAGCUUCCCGCCCCACCCCCUUCCUGUGUCUCACGCAAGUUUUAUACUCUAAUAUUUAUAUGGCUUUUUUUCCUUUGAAAAAAAUAAUAAAACGGUUUCUUCUGAAA